AUGAAAUUUUUAGUUUUUACAAUAUUUUUUUUACAUGUAUCAUUCUUAAUUGGAAAUGUCAAUAUUAAUAUUGAAGAUUUAAAGCAAUGUUUUGAACGAUAUAUUGGUAGGAAACUUGUUGGCUUAUCUCCAUAUCAUACAGAAUUUAAGAUGGCUGAGGAAGAAGAAUGUUUAAAAUUCUGUUACAAAACUGCAUCACGAUGUCGUAGUAUUGUUCAUGAUAGAGUAAGACAUAUAUGUUAUUUUUUUAAUGAUGGUGAUCAAGACAUGACAACUUUUGCCAAAAAAAUGUCAUAUUUUAAAGUUACUGAUCCUCGUUGUUUUCAAUAUUUAAAUGAAGGUAUCGAAAAUACCAGAUUAGCUGGGCCAAUUUAUACACCACCAAAAGAAGAAGCAAGAGAUCCCAUAUAUAUAGUAUCAUCAACAGAGAUACCAAAAACAACUACUAUUAAAAUAGAAAUACCAACAACUACUACUGAAAAAGUUACUACUACCAAUGAAAUAAAAAGUAAAGAAGAUGUUAAGGCAAUAUAUAAAGAAAUUUUACAACAUCCUGCAGAAGGUGUAUUAUCAUUAGAAAACAAUAAUGAAUUUGAUAUUGAUACAACAACAAAAGAGAUAGAUUUAAUAAAAAGUUUUGAAGAUGUUUCAGGAAAAUUAAUGCCAAAAGUAAGUGGAUUUAAGGCAAUAAAAAGACCAAUCAAUGAAAAUAGUAUAUUGUCGGAUGAGGAAGAUAAACCAGAAAUUAGAAGAAAACAACAAAAUAUAAAGACAACCAACAAAUUAUCAGAAAUUAAUGAAAUUGAAUUACUAGAUAAAACAUUUCCUCUUAAUGAUUCUCAAUAUAAACUAAUACAACCAGAAGAAAAAAAUUUUACAGGUUAUAAUGACUGUGAAAGUGGUGAUGUGCGAAUAUGGAUGGCAAUAGAAAAUUCUGAAUUUUUACCUUUACCUGAUGAUGAUAGAUUUAUAAUAAUAGAUGCAGAUAAUGAAAUGGGAUGUAAAAAAAAAUGUGAAAAAAGUAAUUGUGAUAUAUUUACUUUAGAUGAAAAAGACAAAAAUUGUAGAUUACAUUAUGCUAAAAAUGAAGAAAAUGGAAAUUAUUUUAUUAAUCAAAUUGUACAUUCCUCUACUGAUGACUUUAGUAGUAGGACAUUUAAACAACUUUGUUAUCCUUCUCAAUAUGUUGGAUUAUCACAAUGUACAGAUAUUAUAUCAUUUCUUGAAUAUACCGUUUAUACUGAUCCAAAAGAAGUAUAUUCAGGUUUUCCAAGUGGUUCAGAUGGAAUAUUAAAUUGUGUAGAAUUAUGUUAUUUAUCAAAAAAUUUCAUUUGUAAAUCAGCAACAUUUGACUUAGAGUCAGGAGAGUGUAAAUUAUUUGAAAAUGAUUCAAUCACAUCACCAGAACUCUUCAAAAGUUUACCAAAAAGUAAAUUAAUAUAUUUUGAAAAUGGUUGCAAUAUCGAGGAAUUUGACCUAAAAAAUGCCAGAAUUAAUAAAGUUAACAGAUCAUAA